UAUUUUGUAGUUAGUCUUACACAAGUCGCCGAACUGCGUCGACGGCGUCCCGCCCCUACGCCAUCGCCGCGUGGCUCAGUGCUCGACGUCGCCCUGUUCCCGCCUAGCCGCCGCCUCCGCCGCCUGCCUCUCAGCCAAAGCCCGCUCCGCGAGCAUGCGCCGUUGCGAAUCUUCCAGUUUACGUUGCUUCUCGCGCCGCUCCUCGUCCCGCUGCGCGUCGAUGACCCACUGGUACUUCGACUCGGUAAGGCCAAACAAAUUCGCGACGACCUCCCCCACAAAUUCCGCACCCCGCAAGUUCUUCUCGUAGAGCCACCAGAAGCGCUGUCGACACCGCUCCUUCAAGGAAUCGGGCCUUUCCUGCCCCUCCUCCCAGUAGUAGGGCCCGAACUCCCAGUCCGUGGCCAUCCACUCUUCGAAUCGUUCGAGGCGGUUCGGCUCCCUCGCCGGUUCUUCGGGUUCCUUAAUGAGGAAGGGGUCGGGCUCGCCGCGGGCGAUGGCCUCCCGCCGCUCCUGCUCCUGGCGCUGGACCAUGGCGAAGACGGUCUCGGCCAUGGUUUUUAUAGUGUUGUGCUUUGCUGGUUGGGCAGCUAGGGGCUGCCGACGGCGUGGUGCGGGCUGCCUGCUGAGUGGUUGCCGCGCGUGUUUUGGCUUCUUGGCUGCCCGAUGGCGUUUCGGUGCACGGAUUUUGAUCUUUGCCGGACAGCC